AUGGCGCGUACCAAGGCAGCAUCACGCAAAAACCCUCAGUCAAAAACACCAUCACCAUCUCCUUCACCAUCACCAACUCGUUCACCGCCACCGCCACCCAAACCAACACCUCCACAUUCUUCUUUAGAGAGAACAUUCUCUGACUACCUAUCAUCAUCCCCGAAGUCAAGCCCUCCACCGAAUACACUUGCUCCACUCUCCACCAUUCUUCCACCCUUAUUUCAAUACAUUCUUGGUCCAUUAAUGCCUCACCACUCUGCUCCUACAGGCUCCCUUCCUCAAAUUAACACUUCAUUCAUCACUUUAUCAUCUUUUUGCACCACUUUAGCACCCUAUCAGAAUACCCCUCUAUCCACUCCCGUCGAAGAUGAUCAUCGCCCAUUCAAAAGAACAAAGCUGGUGAAGGAAGCAUCCAAGACUUACAAGGAAAUCCCCAAAAUCUUUGCUGCUCUUCACACUACAAUUGUUAGAUAA